AUGGCUACUCAAGGCCCAAUAACCACUCCUUUAACCACAUUACUUGGAAUUAAACAUCCGAUAAUUCUCGCGGGUAUGGCACGUACAUCUGGAGGACCACUUGCAGCAGCCGUCAGUAAUGCAGGUGGUUUAGGAUGUAUAGGUGGAUUAGGAUAUACACCACAGCAACUCCGCGAAAUAAUCCACGAUCUCAAAUCCAACCUCUCGGACCCUUCCCUCCCCUUCGGCGUCGAUCUAGCUCUCCCAAAAGUAGGCGAAGGCGCUCGCGCCACCAAUCACGAUUACACGCAUGGCCAACUCGACUCUUUAAUCGAUGUAACUAUCGAAGAAGGCGCGCGUCUCUUCAUAUCCGCCGUAGGGGUUCCGCCUGCGCAUAUUAUCAAACGUCUACACGAUGCUGGGAUCUUAGUCAUGAAUAUGAUUGGGGCUCCUAAACAUGCCGUGAAGGCACUAGAUGCAGGUGUGGAUAUUGUGUGUGCGCAAGGAGGUGAAGGCGGUGGUCAUACGGGCGAUAUACCGAAUUCGAUUUUGAUACCGGCGGUGGUGGAUGUGGCGAGGAAAUAUAAACCGGUGAUGUUGAAAGGAGGGGAUGCGCUGGUUGUGGCGGCGGGAGGUAUUUAUAAUGGGAGGGGUUUGGCGAGUAGUUUGAUGCAGGGGGCGAGCGGGGUGUGGGUGGGUACGAGAUUUGUGGCGAGUGAGGAGGCGGGGUGUAGUAGGGUGCAUAAGGAAGAGGUUGUGAGUGCGAGAUUUGAGGAUACGUUGAGGACGUUGGUUGUGUCUGGGAGGCCAUUGAGAGUAAAGAUGAAUGACUACAUACAAUCCUGGGAAUCGCAACCAGCCAAAAUCCAAGAACUCACUCAGAAAGGCAUCACACCACUAGAAUACGAUAUGGAGCAGGGAAAAGAAGUGGAUAUACCACAUUUGAUGGGUGUGGUAGCAGGUGUUAUAGAUGAUAUUAAACCGGCGGGGGUUAUUGUUGAUGAGAUGGUUGGGGAAGCGGUGGGAAUGUUGAGGAUGGCGGAUGGGUUUUUGGGGGGUGGGGGGAAAAGCAAAUUGUGA